AAAUAAGAAAAAGAGAUAUUACCUUCUCGAAAAGACAGGUGUUCGCAGCAGUCUCGCUUUUUUGGCGUUACUCGCGAUGUUUUUGGUUAAAAGCACCUCGCUUGGAGGUGCUAGCAAAGUUAUACUUCGAGUUGAAGCUACACACUACUAUGCUUUAUAUGGCUAAGCACAGUCAGAAAAAGAUCAUUGAUUGCUUUUAUAAAUUUUAUUACUGAGUCAUAAACUAUCAUUGUCUGAAGUAACGACAGACUCUUUUGUUUUCACAAAUAACUUGUAACUCUUUUUUUUACUUUUGAGUCUGAAUACUUUUUCUCUUUUUUCAUGUUUGUAUCUUGAGAACGAAAAACUAGCGUAACAUGAUUUUUUCUUGCACUAAAGCUUCAAAGCAAUUUUCAAUUAUUUUUUUCUGCGUAAUUUUGAUAGCAAUUUCGUUUGUUCUUCUGCUUCUUGAACAGAAGCGAUGGCGCGAUGAUGAUUGGGAGUUUAAAAAACAAAGCGACCAGAACUUGACACUUAUUAACGUGUAUUUGGAUCAAAAUAAAAUAGACAAAAUCCAGAAUGUUGUAUCAGUUCUUAGAAUUGUGCUAACCAGUUCUUUAUGUAUAACAAUUAUCAUAUCUUUUGUCACCAUAGUUUUCCAAAUUGUUCAUCAAGCCACCAAACUGGGCUCAAAGUGCGCAAAAUUUAGUUUUGCUGUUUUCAUAUUUGCUUUAUUGGGCUUCGGAUUAUCUCUGUUCUGCCAGUUUUCGAUAAUUUUCCUCGAAAAACUUCAAACUUCCGAGGAAAAAUGGAACAUGAUACUCAUUUCUGUUUUUAUGGCUGUGACCUUGUUAUUAACAUGCGUAGUUAUAGUUGGUGUCGUUAUUUACUUAUGCAUAUCCUGUGAAAAGAUGGCUUAUGGGUUGAACAAAAGCGAAACAAGUGAAAAGAUUUCAAAGCCGGAAGUUCCUCUUAGGAUUCCAAAUGGUCAUUUGGCUCAAAGUCAAGAGAAGAGUGCCGAGCUGGAAUCGGCGCUGAAUGGGGCUCAGAGUAGGGUAUCCCAGACACUGCCCAAGAUGAGACAUAGCAAGUUCAUCGAAGCCAAUGCCGUUUUGACCCAAUCCACACCUGUUUCUCCAACUUCUCCCAUGAGUGGGGUAGGCUCAACGGCAGCCCAGAGGCAACAGAGUUACCCUCAUUUUGCAUUCACGAAUGAGGGACUGGCCGCUUCCCAGUUUUUCCAGCACCCGUCCGAGUCCAUGAGCAACGUGAACAAGAGCUCUGAGAGUGUCCCCAGAAUGCUGGCUGAAGGCGGGAUGGCGACUCUUGUAUAAAAUAAUUUGUCUCGAUAGUAAUAAAAUUAAAAUUUAU